UACCUGUAGGUUAGCUUUGCUGCGGCUAAUGCUGGCUAGCUCCCGUUAGCCUGGUAGCGUCUUGUGUCCUGGUUCGCUGUUCGGCUCCAGCCGUCAUCACAACAACCCGGACAGCCUGCGAAUUUAUCACCGCGGAGUUGGCAUCGAAAUGGCAUCGAUAGCGGCGCCUCAUGAGCCAGGCAUCAGCCCGGGCUCCGUGCAGCUCGCCGACGCUUUAGUGCCCGCCAGCAUAUUCGCUCCGGACCGGGGAGGAUGCGGCGACGACACCGGCGACGAGUGCUUCGACGACGGGGACGUGCUCAACGGCGAGCCCGAGGACCGCGGCAUCGACUUCACUAGCAAGCUGGCACUUGUUAGCCCGAACGGAGAGCAGUAUGACUCGUUACUUCGGCAGCUACGGGACAGGAUGGAGGAGGGAUGUGGAGAGACCAUCUAUGUGGUUGGGAUGGGCUCAGAUGGUGGCGACUGGGGUCUGGAUGAGAAAGACAUGGAGGCUUCGGUCGCCACCGUUCGCUCCAUGUGUGAGCAACUGGACGCCGACCUGAUCACGCUGCGAGAGCGCAACGAGGCCGCCGGUUUGGUGCGUGACUAUCUGAUCCGGAGGCGUGUGGGUGAGCUGGACUUCCUGGAGGUCAGGGUUGCGGUAGUCGGGAACGUGGAUGCCGGUAAGAGCACCCUGCUGGGAGUGUUGACACACGGCGAGCUGGACAACGGCAGAGGCUUCGCUCGCCAGAAACUUUUCAGACACAAGCAUGAGAUGGAGAGCGGCAGGACCAGCAGCGUGGGCAACGACAUCCUGGGCUUUGACCAGGAGGGGCAGGUGGUGAACAAACCAGACAGCCACGGAGGAAGCCUGGACUGGACCAAAAUCUGCGAGAAGUCCUCCAAAGUCAUCACCUUCAUAGACUUGGCCGGCCAUGAGAAAUACCUGAAGACCACCGUGUUUGGGAUGACGGGACACCUUCCAGACUUCUGCAUGCUCAUGGUGGGCAGUAACGCAGGUAUCGUAGGGAUGACCAAAGAGCACCUGGGCCUGGCUUUAGCUCUCAAUGUGCCUGUGUUUGUCGUGGUAACCAAGAUCGACAUGUGUCCAGCCAACAUCCUGCAAGAGACCCUGAAGCUGCUCCAGAGGUUACUGAAGUCGCCGGGCUGCAGGAAGAUUCCCGUUCUGGUGCAGAACAAGGACGACGUCAUAGUCACGGCUUCGAACUUCAGCUCAGAGAGGAUGUGCCCCAUCUUUCAAAUCUCCAACGUGACUGGAGAGAACAUGGACCUGCUGAAGAUGUUCCUCAACCUGCUGUCCUCCAGGACAUCCUACCGCGACGACCAGCCCGCCGAGUUUCAGAUAGACGACACCUACUCUGUGCCGGGGGUGGGAACUGUAGUGUCAGGAACUACUUUACGUGGACUCAUACGUCUGAACGACACCAUGCUGCUGGGGCCGGACCCUCUCGGGAGCUUCAUCCCCAUCGCUGUCAAAUCAAUCCACCGCAAGAGAAUGCCUGUGAAGGAAGUUAGAGGAGGUCAGACUGCGUCGUUUGCUCUCAAAAAGAUCAAGCGAUCGUCCAUAAGGAAAGGCAUGGUGAUGGUGUCCCCGAGGUUAAGCCCGCAGGCGACCUGGGAGUUUGAGGCCGAGAUCCUGGUGCUGCAUCAUCCCACCACGAUAUCCCCCAGAUACCAGGCCAUGGUCCACUGUGGCAGCAUCAGGCAGACGGCCACCAUCCUGUCCAUGAACAGAGACUGCUUACGGACAGGAGACAAGGCUUCGGUCCAUUUCCGCUUCAUCAAGACGCCCGAGUACCUGCACUGCGACCAGAGGCUGGUGUUCAGAGAGGGGCGCACCAAGGCUGUGGGGACCAUCACUAAGCUGUUGCAAUCCACCAAUAACAUGCCAUCAAACUCCAAACCUCCACAAAUCAAAAUGCAGUCUACAAAAAAGGCACCGCUCCGAAAAGAGGACGGCACCGUGGCAGCCGGCGACGACGCGGCGACGAUAGCACAGCCAGCGGGCCCCAACACGACACAGCCGCCAAAGUCCGGGGGUGGUGGACGGAGACGGGGCGGCCAGAGGCACAAAGGAAAAGGCCAGAACAGCAGCACCAACUCGACAGCGGCGCCGUCCUCGUCGGGGAUAGGAAACUGCUGAAUCGCCCUCUCGUCCCGCCUCCCCGCCCCGCCCAGUGCAGACCUCCCUUCUCGAUCACUCCACCAAGUGUCUUCAUUCCACAAACCAUUAAGGAUACACGUGUUCGGAGCGAGACACACUCCUCAGUCUUACUACUCCUUGCCUUUUUACACCAGGUCAUAUAGUUUUUAUUUUUUAAAAAAAGGGAACACAACAGGGGGGUAUGCGUCACACCAAAAGCAUACACCUUUUUAUGCAUUUUAUCGUCAGCUGCCUUUACUACUCCCGAGUGGUUCUGGGUGACAGAAAGCAGUGUGGGCUUUUGAGGUUAGCCUCACUCAGGAUGUUGAUUUUAUUUAAUUUUGUCUCUCCAGCUCAGGGGAGGGAAGGCAAGACAAAAAGGGGUCCAAUACCAAUACGAGCAGCUAUCAAGUGAAACUCCCCCCCACGCAUUCCCUGUGUAUUUGCAAUGAUAAGACAGUUGUACUAUUUAUACCGCAUAUGUAAAUUAGCUGUUAGUCGUACCGAUUGGAAAGAUGCCGUUGUACAAAAAAAAUGUAUGCAAAUCACAAAUGAAUGUAGCAGAGGGCACAUUUAAAAUUCUAGAUAUAUGGAAAAUGUAUAAAAAGAAAAAAAAAAGGUGUUGCAUUUUAUAAUUGUCAGUUAUUUAUUUGGCAUACAUGCAUAACAUUUACUCCUGGAUGGUGGGAAUCUCUCCACCUACUCUCUCACUCGCGCUCUUAGAUUCAGCAGUAUCCGUCACGCUUCCAUCGUCAGUCCAUGUACAAACCGUAUAGUACAAACACAGCACACACACACACACACACACACACGUCGUCACUCCAGCAGCUGCUAAUGAUUAUAAGACAUGCCGUACUACUUGUAACUCUAGUACUUCAUGCGUUAUGGCCUGUCGCUGUUACCAUGUUGUGACAUUUUAAAACACUUUGCCACAAAAUAAUAAUAAUAAUAAAAAAAAAAAACAACCCCAGACCAUGAAUAAACACACUUUACUGAACUUUU